CUUAACUUUUUUCCCCUCCCCUCACACACCUUUCACCUUCUACAGACAAGACGCAUUCCUCCAUCUUAUCUCUCCCCCCUCCAAAAAAGACGCCUUUUGUCUUCAACCAACUCAAAAGUCUAUUUCUUCUCUUCUGACGUCUUUUUUGUCAAGAGCUUAUCAGAGAGCUUCUUUUUCUUCCCUUCCUUUUUCUGAGAUCUUUCCCUCAUCUCAGCUUCGCUCCCCACUUUCUUUGGUGCGCUUUGUUUUCACCCCUCUGUGUCCCAAGCAACCAUGGCCGAACGCUACAUCCCCGAGCAUCGUCGCACCCAGUUCAAGGCCAGGAACCAGUUCCGGCCUGACGAGCUUCGUCGUCGUCGUGAAGAGCAACAGGUCGAGAUCAGAAAGCAAAAGAGAGAAGAAAACUUGGCCAAGAGGAGAGGUAUUCAGACCCGGGAUGGCGGGAUUGGCGUAGGAGGUGGCAUGGCCGCCACCGAGAGUGACGACGAAGCCAGUGCUAUUGAGAGUGAGCUCAACGUGGAGCUCCCGGAGAUGGUCAAGGGCGUCUUCUCCGACCAGAUUGAGUCACAGAUCCAAGCUACAACCAAAUUCAGAAAGCUGCUCUCCAAGGAGCGCAAUCCUCCUAUUGAACGUGUUAUCGAGACCGGUGUUGUUAGCCGUUUUGUGGAGUUCUUGCGCUCCCCUCACACCUUGGUGCAGUUCGAGGCCGCUUGGGCCCUGACCAACAUUGCGUCUGGUUCCGCCCAGCAGACACAGGUUGUCAUUGAAGCUGGUGCUGUGCCCAUUUUCGUUGAGCUUCUCAGCAGCCCCGAACCCGAUGUUCGGGAACAGGCCGUUUGGGCUCUUGGUAACAUUGCCGGUGAUAGCCCUCAGUGCCGUGACUUUGUGCUCAAUGCUGGUGCCCUCCGUCCUCUGCUCAACCUCAUCAACGAUGGCCGGAAGCUGAGCAUGCUGAGAAACGCCACAUGGACACUGAGCAACUUCUGCCGUGGCAAGACGCCCCAGCCUGAUUGGACUACAAUUGCCCCUGCUCUUCCUGUGCUUGCCAAGCUCAUCUAUAUGCUCGAUGACGAGGUCCUGAUUGAUGCUUGCUGGGCCAUCUCCUACCUGUCUGACGGCUCCAACGAUAAGAUUCAGGCGGUCAUCGAGGCCGGCAUCCCUCGUCGUCUGGUUGAGCUGCUCAUGCACGCUUCCACCUCUGUUCAGACCCCAGCCCUUCGCUCUGUUGGAAACAUCGUUACUGGUGACGACGUCCAGACUCAGGUCAUCAUCAACUGCGGAGCUCUACCUGCCCUCCUCUCUCUCUUGAGUUCCACCAAGGAUGGCAUCCGCAAGGAAGCCUGUUGGACCAUCUCCAACAUCACCGCCGGCAACUCUAGCCAGAUUCAGUCCGUGAUCGAUGCUGGUAUUAUCCCUCCUCUGAUCAACUUGCUUGCCAACGGCGACUUCAAGACCCGCAAGGAAGCUUGCUGGGCCAUCUCGAAUGCCACUUCAGGUGGACUGCAGAAGCCCGACCAGAUCCGCUACCUGGUUACUCAAGGAUGCAUCAAGCCUCUGUGCGACCUCCUUGCUUGCCCUGAUAACAAGAUUAUCCAGGUUGCUCUGGAUGGCUUGGAGAACAUUCUCAAGGUCGGAGAGAUGGACAAAGAGGCCGCUCAGACUGGCGAGGCUCGCGUCAACCGGUAUGCCUUGUUCAUCGAAGAGGCUGGUGGCAUGGAGAAGAUCCACGACUGCCAGAACAAUGCCAACGAGGAGAUCUACAUGAAGGCCUACAACAUCAUUGAGAAAUACUUCUCUGAUGAGGAAGAGACCGGCGGUGACAUUGAUGAGCUUGCCCCUCAGCAGACACAAACUGGUUUCGCCCUAGGAACCAACCAGCAGCAGCCUGGCGGAUUCAACUUUGGCAACGGCGGUGACUCCAUGGAUAUGUAAACACGCCUUGCGAGGGCUCUGGCAGUCAAAGUAUCUUAUCCUCGUUUUCUCCCUUCUCUAGGACAGGAAUAACGUUUCAAAUUCUUCCCCUCAAAUCACUUUUGAAUACCUCAUGCCUCUGUCUCUUUGCUGUCAUCGAACCCCAGCCUGCGAGCUAGGCUUACUUUAUGUUAAUUCCCUCCCUGUCUUAUUCUACCCCUUCAUCCGUUUUCAGCUAUGAUUCCUUUACGUUUUCCUUUGUUGUCCUUUCACGAUGCAAAAGAUUCACCGUCAUGUAGCCCCUAUAGUUGCCCCCUCGCGUCAAUUCCCUCGAAGCAUCCCUCAUACACAGGCGUCCUUGUUGUCAUUUGACUUAUUCCCUUUUUCGGAUGUGAUUCUGCUCAAGUGUGGUUCCUUGGUAGGCUGAAGUUCCAUGCGUCCUCAUUUUUAGAAGUGGACCAGCACCUGGAGUAAGCCGUCUCAAUACAAAAGCAAAAAGACCUUUCUAAAU